CUGCUGUGGCUUCAUGGUCAAUUUCAUACUACCCUAGAAGCAUAUGUGUAUUGGAAAGAUCAUCUGUGGAUUUCAGCUGCACCUUUGAUUAUCCAUAUUAUUACACACUUAAAACAACAAAAUGGUUCAAACCAGAAGUUCAUCAGAAACAAGACGGAUCCCAGAUGGGAAUAUCUGUCUAUCAGUCAAAUACAGCAGAGAUUCACCAGCUGUACAAAAACAGAACAGCUUAUGCAAACCAAGACAGAAACUGCUCACUGCAGAUACACAAUGUCUCCAAAAGUGACAACGGAAUGUAUUUCUUUCGCUUUGAAAUGAAUUCCAAUUAUGGAAAAUACACUGGAUCAGGUGGCAUACACCUCAGUGUAGCAGCAAAGUUUACCCAAAUUUAUCCACAUUUUUUGUUUGUUUCUAUAGUGACUAUUCAUCAAAAUUUCUUGCUGACUGCAACAGCUGUGUUUUUGUUUCUAAUGGCAGUAGUCAUGUUUGGUCUGAUUAUAAGGAGGAUACCGUUUACGUCAAAGAAGCAGCCCACAGAACAGACACCUGCAGCCACAGUCACAGAGGAGAUCUAUGAAAACCUGAGAAAAUCAGCAGAGUCUGAGGAAAACUAUAGAACAUAUGUGAUAUAUGCAGAUCUAAGUCUUCCUCCAUCAACCUCAGACAGGUAA